AUGAGACUGCAGAAAAUGUUGCUGAGACUCCAGAGAUACAGUCUGAAGGUCACCUACAGGCCAGGAAAGGAGCUGCACAUUGCUGACACCCUGAGCAGAGCGUUUCUCAAUGAGCAAAAGGAGGAUUUGCUGGAGAAGGAGCUAGAGGUGAGCACCACCACAAAAACAGUUGAUCAAACAACAGAUUUCACCAUAUCAGUUGCUCCAACAACACAUUUACCAACAACAACUGGGUCUAAAACAGUGCACGCGUCAACUAACAUAGCUCAUAGCACAGUGGCUUCUCCUACAACAACGGCAGCUUCGAAAUCAGCCUUUCCGACAACAGUUGCUCCCACAACAAAGGUUAGAUCAACAACAACGCAUGCACCAACAACAGUUAGGUCUACUACAAUCCAACAGUCAACCAGAGAUCUCAGCACAGUGGCUUCUGCUACAGAAACAGUUGCUCUAACAACAGAUAUUGCAACAACUGUUGCCCCAACAACAACACAUGUACCAACAACAGCAAGGUCAACUUCAGUCCAUCCUACAACCAGAGAUCUCAGCACAGUGACUUCUGCAACAGAAACAGAAGCUCCAACGGCUUUUCAAACAUUUGCAACAACGACAGAGCCAAGAUCAACUGUUGUUCCAACCACGGUAAUCUAUCUUGCAACUAGCAAUGGUCUGAGCACAGUUGUCCCUCUGACAGAAACAGUUGAUCAAACAACAGAUUUCACAACAACAGUUGCUCCCACAAGACAUUUACCAACGACAACUGGGUCUAAAACAGUGCACGCGUCAACUAACAUAGAUCACAGCACAGUGGCUUCUCCUACAACAUCGGCAGCUCCACUAACAGCUUUUCCGAAAACAGUUGCUCCCACAACAAAGGUCAGAUCAACAAAAACGCAUGCACCAACAACACCAAUCCUACUGACAACCAGAGAUCUCAGCACAGUGGCUUCUGCCACAGAAGCAGUUGCUCUAACAACAGAUAUUGCAACAACUGUUGCCCCAACAACAACACAUGAACCAACAACAGCAAGGUCUACGACAGUCCAUCCUGCAACCAGUGAUCUCAGCACAGUGGCUUCUGCAACAGAAACAGAAGCUCCCACAACAGCUUUUCAAACAUUUGCAACAACAGCAGAUUGCUCCAACAACAACACAUGUACCAACAACAGCAAGGUCAACUUCAGUCCAUCCUACAACCAGAGAUCUCAGCACAGUGACUUCUGCAACAGAAACAGAAGCUCCAACGGCUUUUCAAACAUUUGCAACAACGACAGAGCCAAGCACAACUGUUGUUCCAACCACGGUAAUCUAUCCUGCAACGACCAAUGA